CUGGCGGACCUUGUGUUGUCAUCCUCCGAGCGACGGCCGGAGGCGGCGGCGUAGGCCCGGGCGGGGCGUUUGGUUUCGUUUCUGCACCUACUGGAAUUAGUGUCGACGGUCAAAAUGGGAGUCCCCAAGUUUUACCGAUGGAUCUCGGAGCGGUAUCCCUGCCUCAGCGAAGUGGUGAAGGAGCAUCAGAUUCCAGAAUUUGAUAAUUUGUACCUGGAUAUGAAUGGAAUUAUUCAUCAGUGUUCCCAUCCAAAUGAUGAUGAUGUUCACUUCAGAAUUUCAGAUGACAAAAUCUUUACUGACAUUUUUCACUACUUGGAGGUGUUAUUUCGAAUUAUUAAACCUAGAAAAGUGUUCUUUAUGGCUGUUGAUGGUGUGGCUCCUCGAGCAAAAAUGAACCAGCAACGUGGAAGGCGUUUUAGGUCAGCCAAGGAGGCAGAAGACAAAAUUAAAAAAGCAAUUGAAAAGGGAGAAACGCUUCCUACAGAAGCCAGAUUUGACUCUAACUGUAUCACGCCAGGGACUGAAUUCAUGGCCAGGUUGCAUGAGCAUCUGAAGUAUUUUGUAAAUAUGAAAAUUUCCACUGACAAAUCAUGGCAAGGUGUUACCAUCUACUUCUCAGGCCAUGAGACUCCUGGAGAAGGAGAGCAUAAAAUCAUGGAAUUUAUCAGAUCCGAGAAAGCAAAGCCAGAUCAUGAUCCAAACACCAGACACUGUCUUUAUGGCUUAGAUGCUGACUUGAUCAUGCUUGGAUUAACAAGUCAUGAGGCACAUUUUUCUCUCUUAAGAGAAGAAGUUCGGUUUGGUGGAAAAAAAACACAAAGGGUAUGUGCACCAGAAGAAACGACAUUUCACCUCCUACACUUGUCUUUAAUGAGAGAGUAUAUUGAUUAUGAAUUUUCAGCAUUAAAAGAAAAGAUCACAUUUGAAUAUGAUAUUGAAAAAAUCAUAGAUGAUUGGAUUUUGAUGGGAUUUCUUGUUGGCAAUGAUUUUAUCCCUCAUCUACCUCAUUUACAUAUUAAUCAUGAUGCAUUGCCUCUUCUUUAUGGAACAUACAUUGCCAUCCUGCCAGAGCUUGGAGGUUACAUUAAUGAAAGUGGACAUCUCAACUUACCUCGAUUUGAGAAAUACCUUGUGAAACUAUCAGAUUUUGAUCGAGAGCACUUCAGUGAAGUUUUUGUGGACCUCAAGUGGUUUGAAAGCAAAGUUGGUAACAAGUAUCUCAACGAAGCAGCAGGUGCGGCAGCCGAAGAAGCCAGGAACUGUAAGGAAAAGAGAAAAUCAAAGGGCCAGGAAAAUUCUUUAAGCUUGGCUGCUUUAGACAAAAGUGAAGGUGAAGUAGUAGCUUCUGAAGAUAAUUUUGAAGAUGAGACUGAAGAUGAUGAUCUGUUUGAAACUGAAUUUAGACAAUAUAAGAGAACUUACUAUAUGACAAAGAUGGGAGUCGAUGUAGUAUCUGAUGAGUUCCUGGCUGAUCAAGCUGCUUGUUAUGUUCAGGCUAUCCAGUGGAUCUUACACUAUUACUAUCAUGGAGUCCAAUCCUGGAGCUGGUAUUAUCCCUAUCAUUAUGCACCCUUCCUGUCUGAUAUCCGCAACAUCAGCGCUCUUAAAAUCCAUUUUGAACUGGGGAAACCCUUCAAGCCAUUCGAGCAGCUUCUUGCCGUCCUCCCAUCAGCUAGCAAAAAUUUGCUUCCUACCUGCUACCAGCAUUUGAUGACCAGCGAAGACUCACCAAUUAUAGAAUAUUACCCACCGGAUUUUAAAACUGAUCUAAAUGGGAAACAACAAGAAUGGGAAGCUGUGGUAUUAAUACCCUUUAUUGAUGAGAAACGAUUGUUGGAAGCCAUGGAGACAUGUAAUCACUCCCUCAAAAAGGAAGAAAGGAAAAGAAACCAACACAGUGAAUGUCUAAUGUGCUGGUAUGAUAGAGACACAGAGUUCACCUACUCCUCUCCAUGGCCAGAAAAGUUCCCUGCCAUAGAACGGUGUUGUGCGAGGUAUAAAAUAAUAUCAUUAGAUGCUUGGCGUGUAGACAUAAACAAGAACAGAAUAACCAGGGUUGACCAGAAGGCUUUAUAUUUCUGUGGAUUCCCUACUUUGAAACACAUCAAACAUAAAUUUUUUUUGAAGAAAAGUGGUGUUCAAGUAUUCCAGCAGAGUAGUCGUGGUGAGAACAUGAUGUUGGAAAUCUCAGUGGAUGCAGAUUCAGAUGAACUUGUUAUAUACCCAGCAAAAUCUUUUAGGUUUUACUUGGAAGAACCUCCAGGAACACAGAAGGUUUAUUUGGGGAAAACUGCUCCACCAUCUAAAGUCAUUGAACUUUCAGAUAAAGAACAGUCGAACUGGACUAAAGAAAUACAAGGAAUUUCAGAACAAUACCUAAGAAGAAAGGGAAUAGUAAUAAAUGAAACAUCUGCCGUUGUGUAUGCUCAGUUGCUCACAGGUCGUAAAUAUCAAAUCAGUCAGAAUGGUGAAGUUCAUCUGGAAAAACAGUGGUCAAAACAGAUUCUUCCUUUUGUUUAUCAAACUAUUGUUAAGGACAUCCGAGCUUUUGACUCUCGUUUCUCCAGUAUCAAAACAUUGGAUGAUUUGUUUCCUCCAAGAAGUAUGGUCUUUAUGCUGGGAACUCCUUAUUAUGGCUGCACUGGAGAAGUUCAGGAAUCAGGUGACGUGAUUACAGAAGGUAGGAUUCGUGUGGUUUUCAGCAUUCCAUGUGAACCAAACCUUGAUGCUUUAAUACAGAACCAGCAUAAAUACUCUAUAAAGUACAACCCAGGAUAUGUGUUGGCCGGUCGCCUUGGAGUGAGUGGAUACCUUGUUUCAAGGUUUACAGGAAGUAUUUUUAUUGGAAGAGGAUCUAGGAGAAACCCUCAUGGAGACCAUAAAGCAAAUGUGGGUUUAAAUCUCAAAUUCAACAAGAAAAAUGAGGAAGUCCCUGGCUAUACAAAGAAAGUUGGGAGUGAGUGGAUGUACUCAUCGGCCGCAGAGCAGCUUCUGGCAGAGUACAUGGAAAGAGCACCAGAACUGUUUAGUUAUAUAGCCAAAAACAGCCAAGAGGAUGUGUUCUAUGAGGAUGACAUCUGGCCUGGGGAAAAUGAGAAUGGCGCUGAGAAGGUUCAGGAAAUUAUCACUUGGCUAAAAGGACAUCCUGUCAGCACUCUGUCCCGCUCUUCUUGUGAUUUACACAUUCUGGAUGCAGCCAUUGUUGAAAAAAUUGAGGAAGAAGUUGAGAAGUGCAAGCAAAGAAAGAGUAAUAAGAAAGUACGCGUGACAGUGAAGCCGCACCUGCUGUACAGACCCUUAGAGCAGCAGCAUGGAGUCAUCCCUGACCGGGAUGCAGAGUUCCGUCUGUUUGAUCGUGUCGUGAACGUGAGAGAGAACUUCUCAGUGCCAGUCGGCCUCCGGGGCACCGUCAUUGGAAUUAAAGGAGCUAGUAGAGAAGCUGACGUGCUGUUUGAAGUAUUAUUUGAUGAGGAAUUUCCUGGAGGCUUAACAAUAAGGUGCUCACCUGGUAGGGGUUACCGACUGCCAACAAGUGCCUUGGUGAACCUUUCUCAUGGGAGCCGAUCCGAAACUGGAAAUCAGAAGUUGACAGCCAUUGUGAAGCCACAGCCUGCUGUGAAUUACUGCAGCUCAAACUCAUCGGCUGCAUCUGGGCACUUGGGAGGCCUCAACCAUUCUCCUCAGUCACUUUUUGUCCCUACUCAAGUACCUGCAAAAGGUGAUGAUGAAUUUUGCAACAUUUGGCAGUCUCUACAAGGAUCUGGAAAAAUCCAACCUUUUCAGCCGACGGUACAAGAGAAGGGUGCUGUUCUACCUCAAGAAAUAAGUCAAGUAGCCCAACCACAUAAAACUGGCUUUAAUGACAACAGUGUUAAAUACCAGCAAAAAACAAAACAUGACCCUCACCGAAAACUUAAGGAAGAAUAUAAGAGUCCUAAAGCUGAGUGUCAGACACAAAAAUUGACUAAUAAGCAGACUUCUGGAGCCUCUGCCAAAUGUAAUAUUAAACUAUUGAGGAGAAAUGAAAGUCCAGGAGCCUCAGAAGCCCAAAAGGUUGUGACUGGUUACCCAACUGCUAUCGAUAAGCCUCCCUCAGGAAUUGAGAACUUUUUAGCAUCUUUGAAUAUCUCUAAAGAGAGUGAAGUGCAGUCACCUCAUCACGGGGAGCCUCCAGAUGAGGAGCAUCUGUCUCCACAGUCGUUCGCGAUGAAAGGAACACGGAUGCUUAAAGAAAUUCUAAAAAUUGAUAGCCCUGAUACAACAGACAGUAAGAAUGAUGGAAAACAAUUUGAUAAUGAAGUCACUGCUUCUCCCAAUAGAAGAGAUGAGCACGGACUCUUACCACAUCCUGAACCAAGUAAGAAGCUGGCGUGUUUUAUGAACAAGCCUCAUGGUACUAAUGAAUACCAAAAUGUUCCAUCUGUGGAUAAUGUGUGCUGGCCUGGUCACAUCCCUCCUGUGUCCACACCAGUAACCGAACUUGCUCGAAUUUGUUCCCUUGUUGGAAUGCCACAACCAGAUUUCUCCUUCCUGAGAACAACUCAGACAAUGACAGUUUGUCAGGUGAAACUUUCCAAUGGUUUAUUGGUACAUGGGCCACAGUGCCACUCUGAAAAUGAAGCCAAGGAGAGAGCUGCACUUUUUGCUUUACAACAACUGGGCUCCUUUGGUGUGAAUUAUCCUUUGCCUCCACCAGUAUUCCCCAAUUAUCCUCCAGCUGUACCAUCUGGAACCAUUCCUCCCAUUUUCCCCCAACCUGUUGCUAAUAUGAUGCCUUCAUCGCCUCAUCUCUUUGGCUCGGUGCCAUGGAGACCACCAGUGCCCGUUGCUGGGAAGGCCUUCCACCAUCCUUCUUAUCCUGGAACCAUGCCCUUGGUUGGAGGAGUGCCAAGUGGGGCGCACAAUCAGUUCAUACCUCUACAGGUUACGAAAAAAAGGGUGGCAAACAGGAAGCAUUUUGAGAAUAAGGAGGCCCAGAAUUCUCAAGCUACACCACUUCAGACUAGCCAGCCAGGAUCUUCUGAAGCCACCCAAGUAAUUCCACAAGAAAGCCCAUCAGCCUCUUUGAAGUGCUCUCAGGAUGCCCAGCCCGUGUUAUCUCAAGUGGACACUGCCGCCCAAGGCCAUGGUGUGUCCCACCAGAAACCAGCACCAAGCUCCUCAAGAAGGAAAUCAAGGAAACUGGCCGUCAACUUUAGCGUUCCCAAACCUUCUGAAUAAAUUUGGUACCUGGGAAUUAAUUUCUUUUAUUUCCAUCUACCUUUUUAUAAUUGAUAUCUAUGUGUCAGAAAUGUGCUAUCUUAGAAUAUGUUUAGAUUGAAUAUUUGUAUUUUUAAGUUAUCAGGCACUUUUCAUGCUAUUUAAGACUAUAUCAAAUUGUGCACUUUAAAUUUGUGCAAUUUGUUGUAUAUCAGUGAUACCUCAAUAAAACUGUAAAAAAGGUCAAAUUAAAUCUUGUAUUAAAAUAAAAUUGGGCAUGGUAGUUCAUGCCUGUAACCCUCAUGCUUGAGAAGCUGAGACAGGAGGAUUGCCAUAUAUUUAAGGUUAGCCAAGACUACAUAAUGAGUCCCUGGCAAGCCUGAAACCUUGCUUCAAAACCAAAAAUAUAAAGUAGAUAUCAGUGGGCUAAAUGUUAAAAUGUACCACUCUAACUAACCAUCGGCUUCCUCAUUAGAAACAUCCUUGACCUAUAAAUUAGUCAUCAUAUUAUCAUAAUUAUAAGCUUUUUUACACUAUUAUUGAGGGAUAGUUAAAUGCAGCAUGAAUUAGGCCUCCUAAUUUCCUAAGUAUGGGUUUUACUUCUCUUUAAUGAUGUGGCAGCGUGGCUGGGAGAAUGGUCCUUGCUCCAUCAUCACAUGAGUCUGUUGCCAGAGGCGGUCCCAGGAUGCCCUGGAGCCAGCGCACUGACUGGUGCUGCCAACGUUGCUCUGUUCUAAACCUGUACCAAAGCAGCUCUAGAAAACCCUCCAAUCAUCUGUCUGGCUGCUUCGAACUCGGAAUAGCAAUCGAGAGUUGAGAAAUGACUUUUUUUUAGAUUGUUCAAAAACCAGCAUUAAGAAUUUUUAAUAAAAUUAAGUUUCACAAUCUCCAGGGUACAGUUACAAAUCAGUCUUCGGAUAGAGUACAGUACAAAAUGUUAAUCACUUCAUCCUUGCUUAGGCUUCUUGGCUUUUGUUCGUCCUGAGAUGGGGUCUUGCUGUGUCGUGCUGGCUGGCCUAGUACCCAUGGCAGUCCUCCAGGCUCUGGGAUUCCAGCCAUGCAUCAGCACACCCACUUGUGUGACUUCUUCCCUGCUUACUUCAUGUAUGUGAAAGCUCAUCGGGGUCCACGUGGAAAGCUUCCCUGGACUGACAAGAUUUUAAACUUUUUAAAAAUUCCAAGGUGUUUGUGUGUACGUUAUUUCCUGCCUGGCCCAUAAGUUGUGCGUUUUGGCACUUGCUGAGUGCUCAGUGAUGCCACAUCCGUCUCUGCGUGUCACUCAUGUCUGUUGUUCAUACUGCUGAAAUGAUUAGGAUUUUAUGAAACUUCUCAAUGACAUCAGGACCCGCGUUUAUAUAUGGACAUAUAUUUAUCUUGUAGUUUUGUGAUAUGUUUAUAUUUUUAAGGAUAAAAUGAACAUACUUUUUAAAAAGUAGGAACCAGUCUCUGUAUGGAGCUGCCGAUUGCUGUGUGUGAUUUCAUUAGGUCUCUGCAAACUCUGCCAUGCGUCCCUACUGCUUUUGAAAAUGCUGGUGGUGAACUGAGUUCCUUUCUCUGCUGAUUCCAGUGUUUCUCUAAAUGAGGGCAGGAUAUAUGUAUACUAGUGCCUUUAGUAUAAGAGGUAAAUGGUCGUUUUCUCCACUGUCUGUGCUCAUGUGACUUUCUGUUACUGUUUGUCAGUGCCCAGCACUUCCUCACAUGCAGGAAGCCUGGGGUAAGGCUCAGGACAUCCUCGGUGUUUGUCCUCUCAAACUCUACUUUCAAGGGAAGCACCCUCUGCAGGCGCAAGGGAAUGCUCGGAUAUGGCGCUGUUGUGGUAGCCCCUUCCAAGAACCCCACUCAGAUUUUUGUCUGCGUUCACUUACUCCUGUGUGAUGGUGCAGAACACAGAGAAAGGGUCCCUCUUGAAAACGCCUGAGAGAUUUUAGUCAACACAGUGCCAUUGAACCUGUAAAAGUAUUUCUCUAAAAUGUGAGCACAAGCUAGUAAUUCUAUAUGGAGAGCCAGUAAGAAUAUUUGACCUUCCUUUUAAAAACAAAAAUAAAAAUGCUAAGAGUCAAACUUGAAGAGAAAAUAAAAUAAGAGAGGAUUGUGUAUUGGCAGAUAGGCAGUAUGAUGUAUUUUCUGCCCCCUCCCCCAAAGUCCUAUUCUCAACACAGGUCUGACGUCUGGAUGAUGUAGGGCAUGCCUGUCCUGACAGCUGAGCAGCUAUGAGGACACGGGAUCUAGCACAUCUCUGCAACAGCUGCACUGUGGGCCCCUUACAGCUUCCACCCUCAAGAUUCUAAAAUACGCUCAGUUGGCUGUUUAAUCUAAGAAUUUUGGUGAAAAUGGUGAACUCUGGUCACAAAAAAAAAGGUUCUCCCUGACUGUGUUCAUGUAACUAGAAAAGUUAUUUGAUUAAACCUUCCCCUUCUUACUGGAAGCUCUUGUUAAUAUCCUUGUUCAACAAGUCUUUUUUAAGCAAAUUAAGUUAAUUUAAAGAUGGGUCCUUUUAAUCAUUGCUUCUUUUCACAAGUCUCUGUGUUACUUGGUCACUACCCUAGUUUUAAAAUUUGUCAGAUAAAAUGCAUGAAUUGAUUCAAACAGCUUUAUAGACUAAAGGCUUAGACAUCUAAACCUCGGCUGUGUCGGCAGAUUCUGUCCUCUGAAUCAGUUUCAGUUUGAGAUCUUCCCUGGCUGAGAAUGGUACCCUGCACAUCGUUAAUCCCGGCUCUCUGGAAGCUGCAGCAGAACUGAAUCCCAGGCAAGCCUGAGCUGCGGAGAUAGAUGCUGCCCAGAGCAGUAAGUAACGAAGACUGCGGCUGGUCCCCUUCUUCCCCAGGUGGACAGAAUUAAGAGUACGAUGGCCAUUUUCCUGUCACUAUUUCCCUUAGUGUUUAGACAGUACUAGGUUCUUGGUUCUCAGGGGAGGAGGCACAGGGAGGGAGACAGGUAAUAUCCAGUAGUAUUUGCACACUUCAAUGUACUUUUUUUUCGGGGGGAAUGGGGAGUUCCAGACAAGGUUUCUCUGUGUAGCCCUAGCUGUCCUGGAACUAGCUCUGUAGAUCAAGCUGGCCUGGAACUCACAGAUAUCUGCCUGCCUCUGCCUCCCAAGUGCUGGGAUUAAAGGUGUCGCCACCACUGCCCCAAUGUACUUUUUUAUCUCCAGGAAAUAAGCUACAGGGUUAUUUUAUUUACUCUUAUUUUAUGUGCCUGUUCUCUUUGUAUCAACAAAUAUUUUUUUCAUACUGGUUAUUUAGUUUUCUCCGUAUAUGACAGAACUCCGUGGCUCUUCACUAAAGGUAGCUCUCACACUCUUCUCUGCUAUAUUUCUUUGUACCCUCUUGCUUUCAGACUUUUCUUUACUAUAGAAGAAAAUCUAUUAGAAAUUAUUAUGAGACGUAUCCUAUAUCUUUUUUUUUAAAAAAAUCUGUCACCAAAACAUUAUUUUCUUUAGAGAUUGUGUGCCUUCUACAUUUGUUUUUCAAUAAAGUGGUGUUUUUUGCAGGCACUUCUUUUGCUAUCAAAAAAAAAAUAAAGCUUAAAUUUCUAGUGUUUUUCAGACUGACAAUUCGUAUUCUCGUUAGACAUCCUUAUUUUCUGUCAGGCCAGAAAGAGACAGCCAGAGAGACAGCGGCUAUCCAGUGACAGGGAAGAACAGACAAGCAGGCUUAGUGAGACAGAACUGGACCUUCUUUGGAAGAGAGGACAGGAGGGGAAAGAGUUUAAGUGGCAAGAAUGUUAGAAUCAAUGUGUCUGUGGGUAAAAUCUCCCUGCUCUUCAGUGACUGCUGAAGAGACUGAUUUCCAGAAGAUUGUAUUUUAUAAUCAUGAAACCUGUAGAAGUUUAUUUUCCCACCGCUUGGCCCAUUACAACCGAUUAUGACAGCCGAAGAUGGUCUGUGUAGCUGCUUAGGGUUAGACGCCAUGUUCUCAUUCUGAUUCUGUCAAAAUGAUAGGGGGAGAAUCUGCUCCACAGCCUGCUUUAAGUGCUUGCUCCCUCAGGCUCCCUUGGGCUCCCUCUUUCCUCCCCCUCCACUCCAUCCCUCUCCCCUCCUCGCCCCUGCUGCAUAGCCCUUUCAGUCCCCCAGCCUCCACCUCCUAAAUUCUGAGGUUACAGAGUAUGGUUCCAUGCCCAGUGUGCUCUAAGUACUAUUAAUCCUGCCUAUCCUUUACAGUUACAGGUACGUGCGUGCGUGUGCGUGUGCGUGAUGUUUCAAGACAGGAAUUCUCUGUGUACCCUUGGCUAUCCUAGAACUCACUCUGUAGUUCAGGCUGGCCUUGAACUCACAGAGAUCCGCUUGCCUCUGCCUCCCAAGUGCUGGGAUUAAAGGUGUGGACUACCACCACACAGCUGGAUUUUAGUUUUUAACUUUUUUGGGGGUGGGGGUGGUUCAAGUAUUUUAUAUUUCUUUCUUCCUAAACAUUACUUUGAGUGUUUUCAUUUAACAUUUGAAUAGUCAGUGGUGUGCUGUGUAUCAGAGUGUUCAGCAUUUUCCUCAUUAAACGGCGAUUCAUACACAUCUAUCUUCCUUGGCUUCUUUCCUCGUGUAACUAUUUUGUAAGUAACUGGAAUUUUUGAUUAGAUCUUAGAGCAGUAUUUUAUUAAAAAUUCCAAAGGGAAGACUUCUUUAUGCCCAUUUUGUAAUUUUUAUUUUAAAUAUCUUUACACUGUAUGUCAACUUUAUCUAAAGUGUUUUAAACUUACCUGGAAUGGACUCCAAGGGUAUUGUUAUGUUGUACAUUUGUAAAUUCAUAGCACGAAUUGAACCUCAAAGUGUUGUGCAAAGGGAUUUCAACAUGCAGCAGUCACUGAAGGUCUGGACAUGUAUACGUGUUAAAUGUGCUGUGGUUUGAUUAAAGACUGAAUGGUGGCGUA